UCAACGUGCUGCCAGUUGUAUUUUCGACCAGAAGGAGAAAUGGCUGGAAGGUUACUGCUCCGCUCGUCCUUCAGGGCCGCUACAACGUGCCGAGCCGCCCCGGUCCCUACUCUCACCCGCGGCAUGGCUACUGGAGGCAUCCCCACCGACGAGGAGCAGGCCACUGGUCUGGAGAAGAUCGUUAUGAAGGCUGCCCAACAGGGCGCGGACCCCUACAGCAUGCUGAAACCCAAGGAGUAUGCUGGCUCCAAGGCCGACCCUCAUCUGGUGCCCUCCAUCACCACCAAGAGGAUUGUGGGCUGUGUCUGUGAGGAGGAUAACACAGCAGUGGUGUGGUUCUGGCUCCAUCAGGGCGAGGCUCAGCGCUGUCCCUCCUGUGGCUCCCACUACAAACUGGUGCCCCAUGAGCUGCCACACUAAAAUA